AUGGCGGCCCCCCAGCAACGAAUUGCCAUUGUCUCGGUCUACGAUAAGACGGGCCUGUUGGACCUGGCAAAAGGGCUUGUUCAGCACAAUGUCCGCAUUCUCGCCUCGGGCGGCACUGCCAAGAUGAUCAGGGAGUCGGGCUUUCCCGUCGAGGACAUCUCUGCUAUCACCAAGGCCCCCGAGAUGCUCGCAGGCCGUGUCAAGACGCUGCACCCCGCUGUGCACGCCGGCAUCCUGGCCCGCAACUUGGCUUCGGACGAAAAGGACCUCGCCGAGCAGAGCAUCGACAAGGUCGACUACGUCGUCUGCAACCUGUACCCCUUCAAGGACACGGUGGCCAAGGUCAACGUUACAGUCCCUGAGGCCGUCGAGGAGAUAGACAUUGGCGGUGUCACCCUAAUCCGUGCGGCUGCCAAGAACCACUCCCGCGUGACCAUCCUGAGCGAUCCCAAGGACUAUGCUGAGUUCCUCAAGGAGCUUGAGACGGGCGAGAUUAAGGAUUCCAGCCGUAGGCUCUACGCCCUCAAGGCCUUUGAGCACACUGCCGACUAUGACAAUGCCAUUGCGGACUUCUUCCGCAAGCAGUAUGCUUCGGACGGCCUGCAGUACAUCCCCCUGCGGUACGGUGCUAACCCUCACCAGAAGCCGGCCGCCGCUUAUGUCAAGGAGGGCGCCCUUCCCUUCAAGGUGUUGAGCGGUGCUCCUGGAUACAUCAACCUUCUCGACGCCCUCAACAGCUGGCCCCUGGUCAAGGAGUUAAAGAAAGCUCUUGGGAAGCCCGCCGCCGCCAGCUUCAAGCACGUGUCUCCCGCCGGAGCCGCCAUCGGCCUGCCGCUGGACGCCGAUGAGCGCAAGGUCUACAUGGUUGACGACAUCGCCGGUAUCGAGACGUCUGGCCUUGCUCAGGCCUAUGCCCGCGCCAGAGGUGCCGACCGCAUGAGCAGCUUCGGCGACCUGAUCGCCCUCAGCGACAUUGUCGAUGUCCCCACCGCCAGCAUCAUCUCCAAGGAGGUAUCUGAUGGUGUCAUCGCUCCCGGAUACGAGGAGGUGGCCUUGGCCAUUCUCAAGAAGAAGAAGGGCGGUAAAUACCUGAUCCUUCAGAUCGACCCCGAAUACGAGCCAAGCGACAAGGAGUCGCGCACCGUCUACGGCGUCACCCUGACGCAGCACCGCAACGAUGUUGAGCUCUCUCCCAAGUCCUUCCGCAACAUCAUCACGCCCAAGGACGCGGGCGCCCUUCCUGAGACUGCCCAGCGCGAUCUCACCGUCGCCACCAUCGCUCUCAAGUACACGCAGAGCAACUCGGUCUGCUACGCUGCCCGCGGCCAGAUCGUUGGUUUGGGAGCUGGCCAGCAGUCGAGAAUUCACUGUACCCGCUUGGCUGGCGACAAGGCCGACAACUGGUGGCUGCGCUUCCACCCGCGCGUCCUGGGCAUCAAGUGGAAGAAGGGCACCAAGCGCCCCGACAAGAGCAACGCCAUUGACCUGCUCGUCAGUGGCCAGCUGCCCAAGUCUGGUGCAGAGCGCGAGACGUUCGAGGCCCUGUUCGAGGACGUUCCUCCUGCUUUUACCGAGGAGGAGAAGACCGAGUGGCUUGGAAAGCUGACCGAUGUGUGCGUGUCGAGUGAUGCUUUCUUCCCCUUCACCGACAAUGUCUACCGCGCUGCUAAGUCCGGCGUCAAGUAUAUUGCGGCCCCUGGCGGAAGCCAAAACGACGGGCCCGUCUUCGAGACGGCCGAGAAGCUGGGCAUCACGUUUGUGGAGCAGAAUAUCCGCCUCUUCCACCACUAG